AUGUAUAAGCUGGCCUCCUGCUGCUUGCUUCUCUUGGGAUGCUUGAACUCUCUCUUCUCUUUCCCCACUCCUGACUCCAGGGACGAGCCCCUGCAGCUCCUGGCACCUGAUGGCGGCGUAAGACCGACUCUGGACAAGGGGGACAGGGCGUCCCUUCUGCACGAGCUGCUGGUGGCAUUAGGUGCAGAGACAGGAGAUGGUCUCAGGAAAGCAGGUAAAAGGAUUCUGGCGUUCUCUGGACAGGGGCCCAAUAUUCUACUGAAUCACCUCUGGGCCAGAAUCAGGAAACAGGACAAGCGUGGGCACCCCUCUGAAUGCUUCUGGAAGUACUGUGUCUGA